AUGUUGAGAUACUGCCGUCCGGCCUUCGUCGCAUUCGUUGUAAUUACCGCCGUUGGCACCAUCAUCUUCUCACACAGCCUGCUUAAGAGCAGUGCUGUCACAAGCCUUCCGCAGCGUCUGAUACACAACAGCCAAUCACCGGCGGCCACGUCAUCAUCCAUAAUAAGGCGGCCACAAUGCAAGGAGAGGAAGCGGGUUGCCUUCGCUAAGAACCACAAAGUGGGCGGAGACACCGUGAAAAACAUUCUCAACCGUUACGGCUACGUCAGGAAUUUAAAUUUCUUGCUUCCUCGUUCCUUCGUGGCCAGUUUGACGUACCCGUACAGUCUUUACCCAGAAUUCUACAUGCCUGCUCCUCCGAAUCAGACCUUCGACAUGUUGGUGUACCACACGGUGUACAACAGAACACGGUUCCGACAAAUCCUCCCCAAGAACACUGUCUAUCUCACUAUCAUCCGUGAACCCUUAAGUCAUCUUAAGUCCAUCUGGAACUACUACGGACUCCAGAAUAGAUUCCUCAUCAAGUCAACCGGUGAGCAUGCGAUUUUGACGUUUCUCAACAACCCGGGAAGAUAUGACAAAAAGUGUGGUCAUGGCCGCCAUGUUCCCUACUGUCUUACCCAGAAUUCCGUGUCCGUCGACCUUGGAUUUCCCGCCACAAACAACAAACGGGUGACUCUGGGUUGCGACGCGGACCAGAGAGAGCUAAUCACUCAGAAAUUUCUGAGAAAAAUCCACGACGACUUUCAUUUGGUCAUGAUCAUGGAGUACUUCGACGAGUCGCUAGUCUUGCUGAGGAGACUGAUGUGUUGGACGCUACAGGACAUUCUCUACUACAAGGCCAACGUCCGCCAUUACACUACCAAGAGGGCACAAAUUCCACCCGAAGUCAGACAGAUCCAUAAAGAGUGGAGCUACGUGGACUACUCUCUCUAUCACCACUUCAACCGAACCUUUUGGAGGAGGGUACACUCAGCCGGCAAUGAUUUUUGGGGGGAGGUGAGAUAUUUUAGACGCAUAAAUCAGAAAAUGAGAGAAUUUUGCGACCUCGUCUCACGUCUGAACCCGUGCCCUGUCUCACAGACUUUGGUCGUGAAUGACACAAGAUGGAGUCCUGGAUUUACCAUAGAUCGCGACUUCUGCCUACUGGCGAGAAGAGACCUCAGUUGCUACUAUUCACUCCAAACCGAGCGAGCAGCAAAAACUCUGGGACUAAACCGUAGCAACCUGCACCUGUACGGUGGCAGCGGACCGAGAAACGAUUUGCAAAGGCCUGUAACUAUAUCAGAAUCAUUGAAAAGGUUGAACAAAACGGGUAGCAGAAAAGAUGAAAAUUUUCAUGAAAGGGUGCACAAACUCCGUGGACAAGACGUGGCGGGACGACACUGUCUGUACUGUAGCCUGGGUAGCUGUAGAGCGCUCGACUACUUGACUCAUUUCUACAAGGAUGGGCAUAUCAACAGCGACACCUACCGGGCCGUCAUGAGAAGGAUCAACAUAAAAUUCGCCGAACGAUGUAACGCAAAGAAUCCAACACAACCAUGAAGUUCGGUCUUGAAGUACCCCUGGACAAGUUUCUGCUAGCGGAUUUAUAUAGUAAAAAUGUGGCUUUACACCACUCUCCAUACAUUAUUUAUCCCAUUGUCACGACCAAUACGUAGUCCAAACUGUUACAAAAUGUGCUUGUACAUGUCGAUAUCACAAUAAACAAUGU